GUGUAUAUAUAUAUGUGUCUAUGACAUACACUUAAAAAGCAUGCCCACCAUUUUCAAUCCACUAACUCAUCUCUUAAAGUUUCACAAAAGGAAAACGAAGAAAAUGGUUUCUAAGGUAUUGCGAAAGAGAUCAUCAAAAGCUCUAAAGAAAAAGACGGAGAAAGUCAUUAUGAAGGCUCUUCUCCACAUAUUCAAGCUAAAACUCAAGAUGGAGGCUAUCAACAGAGAGUACUCUAAUUUGUUGGAAAUCAAAAAACAAUACUUAAACCUAAUUAAACAGAUCCAGUUGCCCAAGGCUCUAGUGAAGGUAGUGAAGAUUGAACAAGGGUUUUUAUUGAGGAUAACCUGCAACCAAGGAGGAGAUCAUAGACUUGUGGCAAUAUUAGAGAGGUUGGAGGAGAUGGGUCUAAAUGUCGUUCAAGCCAGAGUUUCAUGCACCUCUAAUCUGUUCACCAUGGAAGCCAUUGCUGCAGCUGAUGAUGAUCGAGAUUUGGACGUCAGCAAUAUGACUCAAGCUCUUGCUAACGCCAUUAACGGUGAUGAUCAAAAACAAAAGGAAAAAAUCAACCAGGACUGUAAAAGCACAGAUGAAAAUGCUUAAUUAUUUUUCUCAUUGACGGUAAUUUAACUUCCUGUGUGUUGAAGAUUUAUAUAUGAGUGUAGGUAGGUUCUGAUCUCUACUGCUUUGUCACUGUCAUCUUUAAUGUAAAAAGGGUAGACUGGG